AUGCCUACGGUCACUGUUGUAAACGACCUCGUCUUUGGUAAUCUCGGCCCAUUGACCACGACGUUCACGGCGCCUACCACGUGCGCAAUCAUUGCGGCCCAACCAGUCAUCUACCAAGCAAAAAACACCAAAUAUUCCUUUGAUCCCAGAGACAUGGACGCAAUCAAGGUGUAUCCGGACCAAAUGCGCGUGGCCAGCGUCCGUUGUGGCGAAGAUCCUCGAGACCAAUGUCUCCCGUCGGCGGAGGGCUGGCAGAAGAGCCACACAUACGGACAAACACUUGCAUACAAUUACUACUCUCCUGGUGUCCACUGUCCGGUGGGCUACACAACAGCGGGCGUCAAGGCAGCGAGCUCUGCGUCGGGCAUCUUCACGCAGACGCGAACGUUUGCUGAAGCAUCAGGUGUGGGCCUCAACUGGUUCGCCCGCGAGUUCUUGUCGCCAGAAGAAACCAUGGUUAUCUGUGUCCCUUCCGGAUACACGGCUCAUCCGUUUAUCCCCGGAGUCGCCUCAUCCACCAUGUCGAUACCUGUAGAGUCUUACACGACCGUCUGCUCGGCGCCUCGCGUGACGCCCAACGUGGCCACGGUCACUAGAGAUGGAACGACCAAGAUCGAGGUUCACCCAAAAGAAACGGGUGCGCCAAACUAUGACACGCGGUAUAUCAGUGCGGCGCUGAAUCCAUCCACAUAUAUGACAGAAUUUGGUAGUGAGCCAGAUCAGUUCAGUGGCGAUGCCCAAGUCUUUGACGAGCGUCCGCUCAUUAUUCUGGUGCAUACUAAGGAGGAUAUGGAAAGGCACGGCGACCAGGGUAGUCAAAACGACACCAAAGGAGACGAUGCGGGUGGUGCUGGCUCUACUGCUCGGCCUAGUGCCUGGGCGUAUGCUGGUAUUCCCAUCAUGGCUGCUGCAGCGCUGGGCGCCAUAACGGGAUGGCAGAUGUAA